AAAACGGAACAUAACGACAGAUAAAAAGGAAGGACCCUGCGUUGGAACGAAAGCAUCGGAGAUUGUUAAAAUAAGAAGUCAAUAAGAAGCGGAUGCAAAAGUGGACUUAGAGAAUUGUGAGUAUCUUUCCCUCUCCCAACUUCUAUACAACCAUCAUCGCAGUUCUAGAGACUACCUCUCGAACCGACUGCAUGACCUCACGGUUAUAGUGAUCCAUCUAACCCUAACUUUGUGUCACAUCUUGCUGACUAAACAAACCUUCCUACCAUCAUCAUCACCUUAUACCAAUCAACUGAAGUCAGUACGCCUAGGAUAUUGCAAAUCUCUCGCUUGGAUUGAAACCUAUCUCAAAUUCAUAUCGAACUCACGAUAAACAUCUAUACCUCCUCUUGGCCUAUCUAUUUGCAAAAUGGAUGCAAUCAUGGGAUUAGCACAAACGGCUACCGAUCAGCCCAAUCCACCUCCGCCAUAUGAUCCCGAGAGCAAUGAUACAACUGGUCAAACAAACGCGAAUACCUCUGAAAGUGCAAACAAGAAGAGAAAAUUGGGAAAUGAUAAUGAAUCAGAUAUACAGAGUAGCGGUACCAACGAUAAAUCCACUACCGUAACAAAUGCACCUGAAAAUGAACAGCAAUUCCAAUGGUCAGCAACCAAUGAGAACCUGGCCAAAUUGUUUAAAGAUGUACCUGAAUUGCAACAAGAUCAUCAACAACAAAACAGCUCGACAGGCGAAAGCACCAAAGGAGAAAGCCGAAAUGGCGAAGCAUCUUCCACUGCCGCCAAUAAAUCUGAGCCCUCUACUUCUUCCUUCCCAAUGGGAGAUGCAGCUGAUCAAACACAAGACACUACAUUCACGAGUGGUGUAGGCGAUGACAGCAGGUGGACGGCCGGCACAGGCGCAGAAGAAGGUGGUGCAGGUACAGAAGACGAAGUCUUAUUGGCAAGGAACGGUAGACCUCUAAAUAAGUCCAAGAGAGCAGCGCAAAAUCGUCAAGCUCAACGUGCAUUCCGUGCUCGAAGGGAUGAAUACGUCCGUCAAACGGAGGAAAAGGCAAAAUUGACGGAUGAAGCAGUUGAAACUGCCAAGAAGCUCAAGAGUCGUUUAGAUGAAGCAUUAAAUGCUAUCAAAAUCUUACGUGAAGAUAAUGAUGCUUUACGUUUGGGUAUUGAAGCUUUGGGAGGUCAAGCACCACCUGCUUUGCCAUUCGAAUUGUCUGGAUCUCCUCUUAUUGAUACAAACAAAGAUUUGAAAACGCAAGGAGAAGACAGAAAGACGGCAGAAGAAAAUGCAAGUGAUUUGGCGAGUUUGAGUGCUGUAGCUGUGGCUGCUGCUGCUUCAUCCGAAGCAAAUGCAGCAAAAGAACUCGGAUCAGCCUUAGAUACCUCUCUUCCAACAUCAUCUGCUGUAGAUGCAAACCCUACCGCUGCCACCGCCGCUCCGAGUGGUGCUGAGAACAAAGAGUAAAGCUCUUUGCGUACUAUAUCUUUCUACUUCUUCUUAUCUGUAUAUCUAUCCCAACAGGACUUGUAGGGAAAUCUGCCUCCUCUUUAUACUGCAUACAUGUGAAUCAAUCUUUUAUGAUAUCGUUUUUG